CUUUUGGUAAGCCGACAGAGCACGACCAUGGCAGAAGAAAUGAGAUACUUUUCAACCAGGGGAGGUAAAGAGACGUUGUCUUUUGAAGAGGCCGUCUUGACUGGUCUCGCUCCUAAUGGAGGUUUAUCAUUCUAUCUUCAUCCUCACAUUCCCUCUCACCCAUUUCUGGCACACUUUUUAUGCCACUUGAUAUAUCAUCAAUUCCAGUUACUCGACUUCCGACAUCCCCAGACGACACCUCUACGUAAGACGGGAGAGAAAGAAUACGUUUUGGAAUUAUGGCACGGUCCUACUUGGGCUUUCAAAGAUGUGGCUUUACAAUUUUUGGGCAAUUUGUUUGCUUAUUUCUUAGAAAGGAGGAAUGUGGAUGGGGGGAAAGAAGGUUUGACUAUAGUUGGAGCUACUAGUGGGGAUACGGGUAGCGCUGCCAUCUAUGGUGUCCGCGGGAAACCCAACAUUACAAUAUUCAUACUCUACCCCGACGGUCGUGUCUCCCCUAUCCAACUAGCACAAAUGGCUUCCGUACCCGAUCCCAACGUUUUCUGCGUCGCCGUUCAAGACGCCGACUUUGACGCUUGUCAAUCUAUAGUCAAAACUCUUUUCUCAGAUCAUAAAUUCAACUCUGCUCAUCGACUUGGAGCUGUAAAUUCUAUCAAUUGGGCACGUAUCCUCGCCCAGAUCGUCUAUUACUUUCACGCUUAUCUCCAACUACCCGCAGAAGCCAGGAAAGAUGUAAGAUUCGUCGUUCCGACUGGUAACUUUGGGGAUAUCCUCGCUGGAUGGUAUGCCAAGAAAUUAGGAUUACCAAUGGGUCCUUUGGUCGUAGCUACCAAUGAAAAUGAUAUACUUGAGAGAUUCUUCCGUACGGGUAGAUAUGAGAGAGAAGAUCAUUUACCUGAAGUGGAACAGAGUUCAGAGACGGCAGUUGUCGACGGUGGAUCGGAUGGGAAACAAGGGACGAGCGCAAGUGGAGUAAAAGCUACUCAUUCGCCGGCUAUGGAUAUUUUGCUUUCGAGUAAUUUCGAGAGGUUGUUGUUUUACUUGGCUUUGGAACAGACGGGAAAGAGAGAAGAAGCACAGGAAAAGUUGAAAGGUUGGAUGGAAACUUUGAAACAUAAAGGAAGAGUGGAUAUCGGUCAAAGAGCGAGAGAUGUUGCCAAGGAAGAUUUCUGGGCUGAAAGGGUUUCUGAUGAAGAGACAUUGGAAGAGAUUGCCAAGUAUUACGAGAAAAAAGACUUCGGAUCAUAUGUCGUUGAUCCUCAUACUGCUGUAGGUUUAGCUGCACAAUCUCGGUCAAUGAAGAAAGCUCCUGAAGCAACUUGGGUAACUCUCUCUACUGCCCACCCGGCCAAAUUUAGAGAAGCAGUCGAUUUAGCUCUCCCACCUGAUCUCUUCCCCUCUUUCGAUUUUGACACUCAAGUGUUACCUGAUCCUCUACGGGAAUUGGAUGGGAUGGGAAAAAGAAUCUACAAAGUAAAAGGUGAAGAAGGAGUGAGAGAAUUGAUAGAAAGUGUUAAACGUGGUGAACAACCCCCGGCCAAUGGACAUGCCGGAUCCAUAUAGACUUUCAUCCAUUUGUUAACUCUAAGUCGAAUUGGCAUGAGAAUAUCCGUAUGUGAUCAAGAAUGUCAAAGUAUGAAAUCUAAAUAUCUGAAAAGUUGGAGUAAACACAUUAUGGACAAAAUGCAUAUACAUGCUUACAA